UUCGCCGAGUUUCGGUGAUCACGUGUUCUCUAUUUUACCAGUUUGAACAUUGCAUUUCAAAGCGAAAUUUGAGUUUAAUUGCUUUGAUUUGUUUUUCAGUGUCGUUUAAUUGCCAACUGAUCGCGUUUACAUUCUAGUAUUGCGGGAGGAAACCCUCUAAGCGAGUGCUUUCAGUUGGUAUGCGCAGCCACAAGUUAUACUCAAGCCUCAACGCGUUUCUUCUGAUUUCUUUCUGCGAUGUAGCUAACUAAAACAUUAUGGCGAGUCUCUCUGAUGUGUUCACUGAGUCGGAAAGGACGAACUGGCUGAAGGCAUGGUUGGCAAUUGAUAUCGCAAAGUCUGGCCUAGAGCUGUUUGUGGACAACGCACCUAAAAUUCUGCACAGCAAUAUAAACAACGCUGUCUUGUCAAGUGGGUCAGUUGCGUGUAGUUGCUGUCACAUUGCUAACUUGCUGAAAUGCCCUUCCCGAGGAAUAUGCAAAAAACGAGAAGCAUAUGGUCUAUGCAUAUCUAUGCAUGACACCGCGUUAAAACAACCACGACAAUGUCCUGCUAGCGUUUGUAAUAAAGUAUUUGUCGAAAUUGCAAAACAACAUAGAUAUCCCGACCCUUCAUGGAAGAAUACAGUGGCUAAUGACUGGGCGUCAAGUCCUUGGCAAAUUGCAAAGGUUUAUUUCCCUCCAGACGGUUAUACUGAAAACAGGUCGGCUCAAGAUACAGACUUUAACGGAAUAGUCAGUUUUAUAAUGAACUGUAAACACUUCAAUAAUAUGUUUUCGUUUCCCAUAUGCCCAGGAAAAACUUAUCAACCCUGCCUUUUAACAAAGACGCGAGCUAUUGGCAGAGUUGUUCGCCAUUCGUCUACGUGUAAGAUCACAGACACCGAUCUCCAAGACAUUUUCACAACAUUGACCGGACUGUUGACGGACCGAAAAUGUCUUGCAAACGAAUUGGCUGCACAAGAGGCUGUAAGGAAAUUAGCAAAGCUUCAAACCGACGUUCUGAAGCUAAAAACAGAUGAAAUUGUUGAAUUGUUAGAGGCUGCACAAAACGUACUGAAAAAGGUUGCAAAUAUAACUGAGACGGCUGUUGAUGAGAUCAGGAUUUACAUGGAAAACUGUAGAAAGGACAUGGACACAUUUAAACAGGAACUUAGUGAACACACAGGCAAAUGUAUACAGGAAAUUGACGAAAAUCGUCGGAAGUUUACAGAAUCUAACUACGAGCAGUCUUGCAAAGAUUUUCAGCGACGUUUGAUGGCACACUACAAUGGCACUUCUAGCAGUGUGUCUCUUUCAAAUUUGGAUCAGAGUCUUGAUAAGCGAAUAACAGAUAUAUAUUCAACGCCAAAAAUCCACCGUAUAGAAAUCGAAAAAGAUGGGAAACGCGUAAAAAGGGAACAAGCGCUGACAUACAAACAAAUAUUUUACACAGGUGUUAAUUCAAAUCGGCGUAUAUACCUACAAGGUGAACCCGGAAGCGGUAAAUCUGCGUUUUCAGCUAAGUUGGUUCAUGACUGGUCCCAUGGAAUUCAGCUUUCGUCGGCAACACCCAGUGAAAUUACUGCAUUCGAUGACGUGUCAACAAUUCAAAAAAUCAAGUUCUUAUUUUUCAUCACAUUGAGAGAUUCGAGAGGUCAGACAGAUGUCACGCAGAUGAUAAAGAAGCAGCUUAUUGAUACAACGUUUUCGGAAGACGAACGCGCAGAUGUGUAUACACUUUUCGUAAAAAUAAUGAAUACUGAAAUUUGCCUCGUAUUACGGGAAGGUCUUGAUGAAUGGGUUCCACGCGAUGGCAGUAACCUAACUGAACCUUGCAUGGCUGGAUUUCAGAACGAAACGUGCACGAUACUAACAACAUCUCGACCAUGGAAACUGGCUGAUGAACGUAUCAAGAAUUCGCAUAUCGACAUUCUUUUAGAAAUUGAGGGGAUUAGUAAUCCGUAUGCAUUUAGUAAAAAUAUAAUUCGAUGCCUAAUUGACCACUCGAAGGAUUUAGAAGAAUCUGUGAUUAAAUUUAAGUCAUUCGUUAAAGAUCGUAAGCUGAAAUCGUUAUCAUCUUCACCAAUGUUGUACACUUUUGUCAUCUGUACCUGGGUUAACACAAUUGAGGAGGAGGAACAUUUGAAAGAAUCGUCACUGUGUGCACUGUACACUACACUGCUUGAAAGACUUUGUAAAAAGGCCAACAGUACGACUGGUUAUUUUAACAACUCAAACCCGCCCCCAGUGCACUUUUUUUCUAGCACAAGUUACCUUCAGCCAAACAUUGCACACUUAGAUAAGCUGGCAGAAGUAGCUUGUAAAUUGCUAUUCUCUUCUGAGAGAGAAUCAACUAUUGUUUUCAGUGAUAUAACAUUAUCCAACUAUUUUUCUCCAGAUGAGUUCACACUUCGCAAGACGUUUGCUCUCACGGCAGGGAUAUUAACAAACAGGAAAGAUAAAAGUCGGACAGGAAGCUCCAACUCAUUUGUCCACAAAACUGUGCAGGAAUUUCUCGCAGCAUAUCAUAUCGCCUGCAAUACAUACAUCAUUGAUGACGUCAGAUCAAGAUACCUUAAACUCAACAAUACGUCAUAUCUCGAAAUAUCGCAAGUUCUCACAUUUUUGUGUGGAAUAAACAUCUCUGCUGCGAAUAAAUUGUCUGCUUUGAUGAAUCAAUAUGACGUUAUCCACUGCGAUGAAUAUGAAUACCGAAAUGAUGAUGAUACUUGUUAUAUUGGCAAUGGUCCCUGUACGUUUCAGCGUAUCAUUGAGUCUGGAAUCAGAGAGGCAGUAGCCAACCAGCAGGAAGGCAUACAGCUGACACUCAGCCACUUUAAUAUUGAUCAAAGCAACAUAAGAGAAUUGCAUGGCAUAUGGCCUACAGACACGUGCAAUGCCCAUGUCUUACGUGUUUAUCAACCCAGGAAUUACUUCUUGCGUUCACCUGCACGUGGCGAGUCUAAAUCUCAUUUUGAGUUUAACCUGUCAUCGUGCCACACUUUGAGGCAAUUGUAUCUAUCGGGCAGCGGCAUAUUGCUGAGAGAUACAGCCAGCUCGGUCAGCUCGGAAUUUCCGGUCUGCAUUGUACUUAACAACGCAAGACCAGUCCAAAGUGCAGACACUCCCCCAGCACUGACGUCCAUAGAACACAUUUGCCUGGAAAGCGUCACAUGUUCCUCAACCUGUCUACGCAGUCUGUUCAGUACGUUGUUGACACUCAAUCAUAAGGUGAGGUGUGCGUUAAAGUAUGUCAUAACAGCGUGUGUAGAGGAAUCAGAUAUAGGUACAAACGCAGUAAUUGAGACGGGUUUAGAAAAUCAAUUUAAAAUGCAGUCUUUAGAAAAUGACUGUCCCGGUCUAUGGGAGGCUCUUCAUGGUCUGAAUAUCAAAAGUCUUUGUCUGGAAUUUGUUUAUUUGAAUCAUCAAGAACUGUUCUGGCAGUUUCUCUCAUCGCUCACACUGGAAAAGCUGAGUGUUAAGAUGGAUUUGGAUAUUCCCAGUCUUUGCAAGGGUCUCGAUGGUAGGAAUCUCAAUGAUCUGAGUCUGAGUUGGAGUUAUGAGUUUCAGGAUUGGACUGCGAACAAUUUGGAGUUAUUGUCAGAAUGUUUAUCAUCUCUAAUACAGCUGGAAACGCUUAGUAUGUCUGUGCGAGGAGACAGUCCCAGUCUGUGGGAAGCUCUUCGUGGUCUGAAUAUCAAAAGCCUCAGUCUGAGUCUGGAAUAUAGGCGGGGAGGUUUGACAGAGUCGUUGUCGAAAUUUCUAUCAUCGCUAACACAGCUAAAAACACUUAGUAUAAGUGUGUUUGAAGAUAAAAAAACCCAAUCUGUCGGAGAUUCUCCGUGGUCUGUAUAUCAAGAGUCUGAGUCUGAGGCUGGAAACGUGGGAAGAUUUUACAAAGGAUUGUGGAGAGUCUUCGUCGAAAAAGCUUAGUAUUCGUGUGCGUGGAGACAAUCCCGAUCUGUUGGGGGCUCUAUGCGGUCUUAAUAUCAAGAGUUUGAGUGUAAGUGUGAGUUACAUGUAUAGUUGUUUGAGAGUGGAUCAUGUAGAGUCGCUGUCGCUGUAUCUAUUAUCACUCAACCAGCUGGAAACGCUGAAUAUUGUUGUUUAUAAUGACAUUCCAAGUCUUUGGAAUGCUUUCCGUGGUCUGACUGUCAAGAGAUUGAGUCUGGAUGUUACAUGUUGCAAACAAAUGAAUCAUAUUGAGUCAUUUUUGAAGUCUCUAUCAUCGCUCAAACAGCUGGAAACACUUUGUUUUAGUACGUGUUUGGAUGAAUACUGUCCUGGUCUGUGGGAAGGUAUCCUUGGUCUGAAUAUCAAAGACUCUGACACUAAGUAAUACGUGCAGAGGUUUGAGAGUUAAUCAAGUAGAGUUGAUGUCGCAGUCUCUAACAUCGCUCACACAGCUGGAAACUCUCAAUUUUAGUGUGAAAAAAGAUAGUCCCGGUCUGUGGAAGGCUCUCCAUGGUCUCAAUAUCAAGAGUCUGAGUUUGAGUGGUAAGUGGAGUCGAGAUUUGAGAGUGAAUCAUGUUGAGGCGAUGUCGAAGCACGGCUGGAAACACUUAGUAUUAGUGUGACUGGAGGUAAUCCCGAUCUGUUGGAGGCUCUUUGUGGUCUUAAUAUCAAGAGUUUGAGUCUGAUUUACAGUCAUCGGGGUUUGCGGGUGGAUCAUGUAGGGUCGUCGCCGCAGUAUCAAUUAUCACUCAAGCAGCUGGAAACGCUGAGCAUUGACGUGACCUAUGAUAUUCCAAGUUUUUGGCAUGCUCUCCAUGGUCUGAAUGUCAAGAGUUUGAGGCUGAACGUUAACUGGCGGGAUUUGAUUCAUAUAGAGUCGUUAUCGCAGUCUAUAUCGUCGUUCACACAGCUGGAAACACUAAGUAUAUUUUGGAACGCAUUCGUUCGGUGGGAAGUUCUCAGUGGACUGAAUAUAAAGAGUUUGAGUCUGGAUGUUAAUCGGAAUUCAAGAAACAAACAUGUAGAGUUUGUGUCGCAAUGUUUAUCAUCGCUCACACGGCUGGAAACGCUCAGUAUUAGUGUGUAUGAAGACAGUCUCGGUCUGGGUGAGGCCUUCCGUGGUCUGAAUAUCAAGAUGCUGAGUCUGAGGGUAAGUUGUUGUGGAGGUUUGAGAGUGAAUCAUGUUGAGUCGUUGUCGCAGUCUUUAUCAUCGCUAACACAGCUGAAAAAGCUUAGUAUAUGUGUUUCAGAAAAAAUACCUGGUUUGUGGGGGGGUGGGGGGCUCUCUGUUGUCUGAAUAUCAAAAGACUUAGUCUGAGUGGAUUUUUGAUAGUGAAUAAUGUUGAGAUGUUGGCGAAGUCUCUAGCAUCGCUUACACAGCUUAAGACACUUAGUGUUAGAGUACAAAAAGACACUCCGGGUCUUUCGGAGGCGCUCAGUGGUCUGAAUAUCAAGAGUCUUAGUGUCAGUGAUACGUGGAAUGGUUUGCGAGUGAAUAAUGAAUCACAGUCUCUACCAUCUCUCACACAGCACAACUGAAAACGCUUAGUAUAAGUGUGUCGAUAGACAGUCACGAUCUGCAGGAGUCUGUCCGUGGUCUGAAUAUCAAGAGUCUGAGUCUGGGUAGUAAGUGACCAGUUAUUGCAGUCUUUAUGAUCGCUCAUACAAGGCACCUGAAUCCGUUAAUUGGUCGUAUAUGUGUGAUAUUGAUGUUGUUGAUGACGAUGACAGCAUUGGAAGAAAGGGGUAUAAUGUAGGAAACACAUGUUGAUAUUGUGUAAAUAAAAAUGAUACAGGAACAUCUCACAUAUAAGUCGCCGGAUGAAUUUGUUUAUGUCAAAAAUUGCAUUACGAAGUUUUAGUAUUUUAUCACAAUAUUAAUGUUCAACGUGUAAAAUAUCGUAUUGCAUUAUAUUUAACAUGUCUGAGUUUGGUUUAUUUUUUGUCUUGCAUGCUAGUAAAUUAAAACUAUUUGUGUUGUGUAUUUCGCGAAUCUUUUUAAGUCUUUUUAGUGAUGAAUGUUAUAUUUACAAAAUCAUCUUAGUCAAUUCUUACAUUGUAAACUGUAAUGGCAUCUCAUCAUUUAUAUAAAUCAAAGAACGACAUGACUUCACGUUUGCUGCUUCAGCAAAAGUAACAUGUUGCAAGCACAAAUAGCUAAACAAAAUAAUCGAUUGUUUAUAUUGUUUACGCAGUUUGUUUUUUGUAAUGUUAGUGUAUGUUAUUGUAAAUACAUUCGUUUGUUUCAAUACAGCGUACAAAUACAAUAGAAUAACACAGUUUUGUUUAGUACGCUUUUAUGUGUGUGCAUCUGCAUCCAACUUUACAGGUUCCGAACAUUCUAUAGAGUUACCAUGUAUAUAAUCUAAUAUAAAUAUAAAUGGUAUGACUUCGACUAUAAACCGCGUGUCGAGUAACGACUCAUCAUAUUCUUAUAUCGCUCCAUUGGUGCAAAAAGGUACCACGUGCCCUCUAAUUUCAAUGUCACAUGGUACCUUUUUGCACCAAUGGGGCGAUAUAUAUGUCAAUUUUCAUAGAGGAAUCAUAUUAGAAUUCAUCAUAUAUUACUAUGUUUAUAUUGGCUAUAUAUAUCAAACUGCGUGUAGUGUUUAAAGUCAUUAUGAGUGUAACAUACAGAAAACGAACCAAUAUAUAAACCAAUAUGUGUUAUUUUGCCUAUAGAAAUCAAACUGCAUGUCGUUUUAGAACUCAUCAGAUAACAGUAUGUGUUGAUUGGCUAUAUCAAUCACACCGUGCGUAGUCUUAGAAUUUAUCAUACAUAAGUUUGCUUGUGUUGGCUUUUGAAAUCAUACAGUGUGCCAUGUUACAAUCCAUUUUAUACCACUAUACGUUAAUUUGGAUAUAGAAACCAACCGAGUGUAAGAAUUUAUCAUUCAGUUCUUUGUGUUAUUUUGGCUGUAGAGAAAAUCGCUUGAUGUGUUAGAACUUAUCAUUUUAAAACUAUGUUAAUUUUGCUAUAGAAAUGAAACCGCGUGUUAGGUUAGACUUCAUCAUAAAGCAUUAUGUGUGAGGUUUGGGGUUUAACCCUAAAUGCUUUGGAUUGGCCAAUGAAGGACUGAGGCCCAAGUUAUAUUCACUAUUUUUGUUUGUUGUGUUUGUGAUUGUCUUAUCAAUUACAUGUGUCAUAGGGUUUUACAAAUGUUUCCUUGCAAAUAAGCAAAUGAGACAUGCUAUAUGUUUAUAUCUGCUAAUGAAUCGGAGUUCCAAUGCGCUUCUAUUAUAAUUAAUUAUAUGUAAUGUUCUAUUUCCUACUGGUGAUUGGUAUGACAUAUACGAUAAAUCAAUAUAAUAAAUAAGUGCAGAUG